AUGGCUGCGCUUACCCCCGUUCAGAUCGAGCUCGCAAAUUCCCUCACCCAGGAUGAGCUACCCACCAAGCUUCGAUGCGCGAUCUGCAGCAAACUCGCCGUCAAUGCAUUCCGCCUGCCGUGCUGUGAGACGGCCAUAUGUGAGAGCUGCCAGUCAACUCUUCCCUCGUCGUGUCCCGUAUGCGAGCACUCGCCUGUCUCUGGCGCCGACUGCACCAUCUACAAGUCACUCCGAACUACGAUCAGAGUAUUUCUGAAAACCGAAGAGAAGAAGCGAGAGGCCGUCCGCCCCAAGACCAAUGGAUCUGCUCCUCCUACACCCAUCGAACCAACAUCAACUCUGACUGUGGCGCAAAACCCUACCGAGCCACCAUCUGCAUCAGAAGCCAUCAACCAGGUCAAGGACGAUGUGGCCGAAGCACCUCAGAACGCUGUAGAUGAGCAGUCCGCGGCAGUAGCUUCGCCCCAACAGGAUGCCUCUGUUGCGGCUCAGCAAGUCUCGAAUGCUGAUGAUGUCGUGGUGAAUCCAUCUGGCGAGCAAGAUGCCAAUAAGGAGCAGACGCUUGCGCCCAGCGGACAGGACACAUCAGAAAAUGCCGACAUGGAAAAUGCUGACGAAUCUGUCGAGACUGUUGAAGGCAAAGAAGGAGAACUGGGUGUGAGCUUUGGUCAGGAUUCCAUGAAUGGCGCAUUCAAUGGCAUGAACAUUGCCGGCGGAGAUAUGAAUCAGAUGCAAAUGAUGAUGGCCAUGCAAAACGGAAUGAAUCCAGCAGCUUUUGGCUCCUUUCCUGUAAUUGGAAUGGGCAUGGGGAUGGACCCGAUGACAAUGCAGAACAUGUACAUGAAUGGAGGCUUUGGAGCGCAAGGCAUGGGCAUGAGCGGCAUGAACAUGAACAUGGGCAUGAAUGGCUUCAAUGGAGACUGGAACGGACAACAAUCGUGGAAUGUCGGCCAAGAUAAUUACAAUCCAAAUGCUGCUGGCAUGGGAAAUGGUGACUUUGGCAACUUUAACUCAGGCUUCCGUACAGGCUACAAUUCAGGUAAUUAUGGCCACCAGAACCAGUUCAAUGACUACGGCCGAGGUGGCUACGGAUUCCGAGGAAGAGGCCGAGCACGUGGCUUCUACAGGGGGUAUAGUCGUGGCUAUCAUCAAGGAUAUAAUCCUCGCAACAUGGGCAAUCAGAUGUGGACUGAGCAGAUGGCUCAACAAGACUUCGCCGAUUCAGCCGAGCAGACAGGUGAAGAGCAGAAAGCCAUCAACACCAACACCGACGAGUUUGGUAGGACUGUCCGUUCAGACGCAGGCCAAAUAGGCCAAACGGACGACCAGAACGGACAUAAUAACGCGGGUGAAAAUGGCGAGGAGAACCCAGCUUCUCAUGAAAGCACGGGACAAGUACCCCCAGGCAAUGCCCCACACUCCGCAGUGGCCCAUGAUGAUGCUACCAUGUACAAUGGCAAUGUUUCUUCUUCCGGUCAAUUUACGAACUCUGGCGGUGGUUCGAUAGAUGGCAACGGCGCCGUGCCCGCCGUCGUGGAUGUACCCCUGAAUGCACCGACUGGACCAAAGGCUAUGCGUCAAGGGUUACCUAACACUAGCGCUCUUCAUCUUCGUGCACGCGGCUUCAUUGGUGAUGGACGAAGCCCAAUGUCAGGUACUAAUGUUUCCAUUGUGGAGAGCUCUGUCGAGGAACGACCUGUGUCUAGGAGCAGGAGUGGCUCCAGGCAUUCGCGCAAAGAUGCCGAUCGCCGCCAUGGUGACCACGGCCGAGACCGUGAUCAUGAAGAAGGGAGAACCAGAAAGGAUUACGACAAGGACGGGGACCGAGAAUACCAGUCCAAGACACAUUCUAGAAGCCGUAGUCGCAGCAGCCGAAGCCGAGAUCGUAAGGAGUCUCGCCGGCACCGACGGCAUCGCUCAGAAUCCGUCACGGAUGAUCGCGAGGAUGAGUAUCGACGUCGCAAGCAUAAGAGUAGGAGAUCUACGCGGGAGGAUGACGAUUACAAGAGAAGGACUAAGGAUGACAGGUAUGAUGAUAGGUCAAGAUCUGCCUCGCCUGAUGACCGUGAUCGCGACCGAGAGCAUAAGCGGUCUAGCCACCGUAGUCAUAGGGAUCGCGACAGAGAUCGUGAGAAGGAUAAGGAGAGAGACAGCGACAAGGAUCGACAUAGAAAGUCAGCCCACCGGUCUCACCGUGAUCAUGACCGCGAAAAGGAUAAAGAUCGAGAGAAGGAUCGUGACCGUGACCGCCGCGAGCGAGAUAGAGACCGCGAGCAUCGACAUAGGAGUCGCAAAACCUCCACCGAACCGCCUACACCGGUGGAGUCUUCUGACAAAGACUUCAAGCCUCCAACUGGCCCUCGAGGUAGCAUCUCGAUCAAAGGGGCUAGUUCGAAGGGAAGCGGGUUCGAGAUCAAAGGGGCAAGCGGCAAGCCAUCAUCAUCUAGCUCCCAGCGUCGCGAAACUGCCGACUCCUCCCGUCGGCCCUCGCAGUCCUCGAUUAGCAUCAACCUCAAAUCAGGGUCUGCUGGCAAGGACCCGCAUACUCUAGAGCGUGAAACACGAGAUCGCGAACGUCUACUCAAGGAGGCACAGCGCAUGGCCGGCCUCGCGGGCAUGGCGAGUAUGAAGCGCAGUCGAGACGCUGGCGACGACCGUGGAGGGCGCCGCAAGAGACGCAGCGAGGUGUCCUACGGCGAUGAGGAAGAGCGCAUGAGAAAACUCGAGGCCGAACGAGAAGGUGGUCGGUGGGAUUAA